AUGGAAAAGUAUUUUGGUCUCCGCAACAUGUCCAACGAAACCAAGGCAGUUUGGGCUUCUUACCAGCUUUCUGGUGAAGCUGUUACUUGGUGGGAUAAUGAAAAGUCCAAAAGGAAGUUGAAACCUAGAGAUAUCACUUGGGAAUUAUUCUUGCAAUCCUUUAGGAAGAGGUGGCUUCCUCAGUUAUUCUUCGAUAAGAAGAUGACUGAAUUUUCGAACCUAACACAAGGUGGCAUGUCAAUAACCCAAUACUGGGAGAAGUUUACCAACCUUCUUAAGUAUGCUCCACAAUAUCAAAUGGAUGAGAGAUUUCGAAUCCAAAAGUUCAUCUUGGGUUUGAUAACUCAUAUAGGAGAAGAAGUGGAUAUUCAUAAUCCACUGACUAUGGAAGAGGAAUUUACAAAGGAACAACAACGGCAACAAUCAACAAAUAAGGAAUCUAAAAAGAACUUGGACAGAGUUAGGUCAGGUGGCAAUUCUGGACCUAGGGACGGGUGUUACAACUAUGGAGGAAGUCAUUAUGCCUCAAAUUGUCUGCAACGUACCCCUGCACAAAGAGGAGAAAAUCAACAAGGAGCCUCUCAACAUCAGAUUCACGUUGAAGUUGACAAUUGUCAAGCUGGUUUCCAAGCCUCACCUAUUCAGAUGACGGGUAAGCUUUUUGGGCAAUCAGUUUCUAUUUUAAUAGAUAGAUGA